UGGGGAGCUGGGUUCGAGGCUUUUCCGGAUGAUCACACACAGACCCGGCAGGCGUGUUUCUCACGUUACGGCACGCUGGUUUUCUUCCCUCUGUUUGGUUUAUUUCGUUCCGCGGCUAUCUAACUAAACGGUAGCGAUGACCGAAGACGAGAACAUCCCGUUCUCGUUUCCUCCGGACGCUUGGGUCGAGAGGCCUCCGUCGUGUGUGAACUUCUCGCAAGACGAAGUGUGGCGGUACAUGCAAGCCAAGCCUGACACCCUGCUUCAGGCCCAUCGCGGUUGGGCUUUCAAGGAGGAAGGCUACGUACGCAAUGUUCGGUGGAACCUGUCGGACGAUUCUCGGACGUGCCUUGUCCGAUGCGUGUGCCUGCCUUCCAUGAAGAAGGCACCGUAUACUGUCUCCGCGUGGUUUACGAGGGACACCGGCACCGUCAGAGGCGGCAUCUGCAGUUGUGUUGCUGGGAAAAGCGGGUGCUGCCAGCACAUCGUAGCGCUACUUCUCUGUGCAGAGGAGAGCUGCAACACGACCACGGCAACCUCUUGCACCGACGUUCCCUGUUCUUGGAUUGUUCCAGCUCAAGCCAAGAAGCCCGCAGCUCCUGCACCGCUUGCAGAUAUUACGUUCAGCAAGUUCCUGAUCAACAAGCCGACUCAUCAGAAGAAAAGCCGUUCGUAUGACCCUUGUGAAGGAGUGCCUGGCCCGUCGCACGAGGACAUCACGAAGUUCUAUGGGAGGCUGGCUGAAAUAAGACCAAAUCUUCUUUGCCUGAGGUAUGGCAACGUCAUGCCAGUGAAAGAAGCGAGGCACACAGGAGCGAUCCCUCAAAUCGAUGAUGAACAGGAUCUGUGGAGCCAGGAGGCCCGGAAGCUUGUACAGCACCACAUGCAGACACUGCCACAACUGACUGCCGAAGAGAGGGCUGGCAUUGUGACCUCAACGAUCGGUCAAGCCUGCAACCAGAGGUGGCACAGUGAGCGACUUGGGAGGAUAACGGCAUCACAGUUUUCUGCUGUGAUUAAGUGCAGAGAGCCUGACUACCUUGUGAAACGGAUCAUGUAUCCUAGCCCAGAAGCAAAGAGUGAGGCACUGCAUUAUGGAAGGAUGAAGGAGCCCGUUGCUGUUGCCGCCUACGUCGCGCUCAUGAACUGCAGGGACGACCCAGUACAGGUGUAUGAGACCGGGCUACACAUACAUCCGCGCUACAGCUUCCUCGGAGCGUCGCCCGACAGGAUCAUCGUCAAGAACGGCGAAGUAGGGCUUCUUGAGGUGAAGUGUCCCAUCUCGAAGAUUGGGUUAACACCCGAGGAGGCCUGCGGAGACGAGAAGUUCUGCUGCGAGUUGAUCGAUGGAACCGUGCAACUGAAGCACAAGCACGCGUUCUACUACCAGGUGCAAGGACAAAUGAUGGUGACUGGGCACAGGUGGUGCGAUUUUGUUUUCUGGACGAACAACACCACUGACGCCAAUUCGACGCACAUUGAGACAAUCACCCUAGACGAGGAGUUUGUCAGUAAGGAGCUGCUACCUGGCUUGCUGUAUUUUGCCGAGCAUGCUCUGUUCCCCGAGGUGAUCACUAAACGCAUCCAGCGACACAAGGACCUGGCUAGGGGAAAGUAUGUCUCCUUCAAGAAGUUUCGUGAGGGAACCUACAGGGUGGAGGACGGUCCUGGCUUAAAGAAAACAUUCAGAAAACUGAAGUGAAGUGGAGACUGAAUGACCACAAAUGCAAAACGGCCCUUGUGUGUGUCGGAAUUGUCGUGAGAGCCACAGCACGAAGAGGGCGCCACAAGCCAGACGACAAAGAAGCCAGCGAGAGGGCUGAGUGCGAGAGUAUGGGUCGGAGAACGCCAAUACGACGGACGCACGGAGACUGAUGUGCGGGCUCACUGCUCAUGUAACGUAUCGUUAACUCGAAUUAAACGCUUCGUUUACGCCAACCUCGUCCCGACAUGGUGGCAGCGGUGGGAUGCUGUGGAAGACAAGUCAACUAGCUACAACAGCAACCGCUCCGGGGAGGCAAGGCACGGGAACGCUCGGAAUCCGAAACUUUGCGUCGCUACGACAAGGUACGUCGACGGAACGCUCGGAAUCCGAAACUUUGCAUCGCCACGCCAAGGUACGUCUGCAACGACCACGCCGACCGGUAAGCGAUGGCCACUGGGCAACAAGCUGCGCAACAACCAACGUCGCUAAAUCCUUUCGUCGUUGAGUUGCCAGAAAAGUUGGAUUUUCGACGUCCCGAUGAUUGGAAGCGUUGGUUCACCCGAUGGGAGAGAUACCGGGUCAUUUCUGGGUUGAAAAAACAAGACGGGGAAACCCAAGUGAACACGUUAGUUUAUGCUAUGGGACGCGAAGCAGAAGAUGUCCUGGCGUCGCUGAAAGUGACUGAUGCCCAGAAACACGACUACGAUGCAGUGACAACCGCCUUCGGCAGACACUUUGUCCCUCGGACGAAUGUCAUUUACGAACGUUCAAAGUUCAACAGGCGUGUGCAGGAAGCGCACGAAACGGUCGACGCCUUUGUGACAGAUCUCUACAAGCUGGCAGAGGUAUGUGCAUACGGCGACUUAAAAGAAGAGCUAAUUAGAGACCGACUCGUCGUGGGACUCGUCGACGUCAAGCUGAUUGAGCAGCUUCAGCUCAACCCUGAACUAACGUUGGAGACGGCGAUCUCCAAGGCUCGAAAUUCGGAAACUGUGAAGCAGCAACUCAAGGAACUGCGACCACAAGCACAGCCGAACGCGAUCGUAGACGAGCUUCACUUCUCCGCGCAGCGGGCCAAAAAGAAGAAGCAGCUACCAGUCCGCAACAAAGAACAGAACCAAGCUUGCAGAUGGUGUGGUUCCCCGCGCCCACACUUGCGUGCCAAGUGUCCUGCUGCCGACAAGACAUGCAAUGGGUGUGGAAAAAAAGGACACUUCGUGUCAGUGUGCCUGUCCACAAAGAAGAAAACUCAAGACAGCCAGAGUCAGCGCCACGCCGCACUCGAAGAGGUUUACCUGGGUAAAGUAACAAGUCAACUCGGAUCAGAACCAUGGCGGAUCACAGCUUGCGUCAACGGCUCGCCCGUAGAGUUCAAGGUGGACACGGGAGCUGACGUCACGGCCAUCCCGUCCAGGGUCUACAACAAGUCACUCAUGGGACCACUCAGCAGACCUACGAAGGCACUCCUGGGGCCCGGCCGAGCCAAGAUUCCCACCGUGGGACAGUUCAAGGCGACCCUGAGGUGGAAUGGACGAUCGUGCCAGGAGCAGGUGUUCGUAGUGGACAACCUUCACGACGCGCUUCUUGGCCGUCCAGCAAUCAAGUCUCUGCAAGUCCUGUGCAGCCUGUCUGUAGUCGAGGGAUCAGAGGUAGACGAAGACGACACACACAGCAGACAUCUUCAGUGACUACCCCAAGCUGACUGCGGGUCUUGGACUACUAAACACCGAGUACAAGGUAGCUCUGCUCCCCAACGUCAAACCGUAUGCGGUAACGUACCCGAGGCGCGUCCCUCUUCCAAGUGUCAAGCAGGAGCUGGAGCGGAUGGCGAGCCUCGGAGUCAUCGCAAAGGUAGACCACGCAACUGAGUGGUGUGCACCGAUGGUUGUGGCCAGAAAGAAAAACGGUGAACUACGCAUCUGUGUCAAUUACAGUGGCCUGAACAGCUGCAUCCUGAGGGAAUGAGUCUUAAUGCCAACUGUCGACGAAUGCCUUGGAAAACUGGCUGGAGCAACCUGGUUCAGCAGACUCGACGCCAGAGCGGGCUACUGGCAAGCCCCACUGGCAGCAGAAUCACGGGAGUAUACAACUUUCUUGACGCCAUGUGGUAGAUUUCAGUUCCUCCGACUACCAUUCGGUAUCUCCACUGCACCCGAGUUCUUCCAGCGUGAGAUGCUAAGAGUACUCGAAGGUCUCGAAGGUCAAGCUUGCCUUCAAGACGACAUCAUCGUGUUUGGAAGAACGAGAGAAGAACGUGACUCACACUUGCAUCAGGUACUCAAGCGCCUGCAAGAUGUGGGCAUAACUCUCAACAAGGACAAAUGCGUUCUUCGCAAACAGUCUGCAGAAUUCCUCGGACAUGUCGUCUCGGCCAACGGGGUCAGUGCGGAUUCAGUAAAGAUCAAGGCUCUCGCUCAACUGACACCGCCAGGAGAUGUAUCGGAGGUCAGGUCGUUCCUGGGUAUGGCAAACCACCUGGCUAAAUUUCUCCCUGGACUCUCUCAACUCACGAAACCGCUUUGCGAUUUGCUUUACCAUGACGCUGAUUGGUGCUGGGGAGAGCCUCAACAAAAAAGUUUCGACUCCGUCAAAGAAGCACUGACGACCACACCGGUACACUACGAUCCUCGAAGUCAUCUCACAGUCUCAGCGGAUGCAUCCUUGUACGGCCUUGGGGCUGUCCUCCUUCAGGAGAUGUCCGGAAAACGACUCCCUGUUGCCUACGCAUCACAGUCACUCACAGAAACUGAACAACGCUACGCCCAGAUAGAAAAGGAGACGCUGGGAAUCGCAUGGGCAUGCGAGCAUUUCCGCCAGUACUUGCUCGGUCUGCAAUUCCACAUAGAGACCGACCAUAAGCCGCUCAUGCCUCUGUUGUCAUCAAAGCGCAUAGACGAGGAGAGUCCAUGAUUGCAGCGUCUGCGAAUGAGACUGCUGGAAUUUGACUACACAAUCUCCCAUAUUCCCGCAAGGAGAUCCAUACAGCUGACAUACUCUCACGGAAGCCGCAAGCAACAACGGACAGCAGCAGUCCAAGAAGUCUCGAAGUAGCUUUGACAGAAUACGAGCUACUCAGCGUAGAACUCCUACCGGCCUCCACCAACAUGCUGGAGAGGACCAAAGAAGAACAAAAGCGAGAUCCAACUAUCGUGACUGUUGGGAACUAUUGUUCAACGACGUGGCCCAAGGGCGUGUCACUGCCACUACCAGUACAGAAAUAUGCCAGUGUGUCCCAAGAGCUAGUUGAAGAACUUCUCCUCAAGGGAAGUCGCAUCGUCAUCCCGCCAAGCAUGCAGGACGAGGUGCUGGAAAGCCUGCACACGGGUCAUCAGGGCAUAGGUCGUUGCAGAGCUCGGGCCAAUCAAUCAGUUUGGUGGCCUGGCAUCAGCAGGAGUGUUGAAGACUAUGUUUCAAGAUGUCCAGUGUGUCAGACACACCGAAAGCCUGGCGCAGAGCCCCUGCUACACACUCCACUCCCGAAUCACCCAUGGGAAGUUGUAGGCGCGGACCUCUUUAACGAAAGUGGCGAGAACUACCUUGUAGUGGUAGAUUAUUUCUCGAGGUUCUUUGAACUUGAGAAAUUAAGAAAGACAACAACCCAAGACAUCACACGGGAACUGAGCGAGAUGUUUGCCCAUUUUGGAGCACCCGUCAUCAUUCGAUCAGACAAUGGGCCCCAAUUCGCUUCUGCCGAAUUCGAAAGGUUUGCGAAGGAGUGGGGAUCACGCCAUGUAACAAGUAGCCCAUAUUAUCCUCAGAGCAAUGGGGCGGUGGAAAGGACCAUACAGACGGCGAAGCAGCUGCUUAAAAAGUCGCCGAACAUCCACAAGGCGCUGCUUGCUCAUCGGGAUACCCCUGCAACUGAAGGAUACUCCCCUGCGGAACUCAUGAUGGGAAGAAAGAUACGGACAAAUGUUCCAGCUGUGUCCAAAGCGUUCCAGCCUCGGUGGAACAGCGAGCCCUUUCGGAAAAAGGAUCGUGCAUACAAAGCCAAGCUGAGUGCACAUUACGAUGCCCGUCAUAGGGUCAAAGAACGAGACCAUAUACCUCCACAUACAGCUGUGCAAAUUCUGUCAGGAGCAGCCACAAGUGGGACAGUGCUGCAAUCAACGCAGUCUCCUAGGUCAUAUGCGGUGAACACAGCCAAUGGCAUCACUCAUUGCACGAGCAGACAUCUGCAACCUUGGCAGCCUGGAAUAACCGUCACGAGAGGUGGACGAAAAUCAAGACCUCCAAGCCGCCUCAACCUGUAGGUGCUGGGAGUCUUCAAAGAAAGGGGGGUGUCGUGAGAGCCACAGCACGAAGAGGGUGCCACAAGCCAGAUGACAAAGAAGCCAGCGAAAGGGCUGAGUGCGAGAGUCUGGGUCGGAGAACGCCAACACGACGGGCGCACGGAGACUUGACGUGCGGGCUCAUGUAACCAUGUAACGUAUCGUUAACUCGAAUUAAACGCUUUGUUUACGCCAACCUCGUCCCGACAGGAAUCUGCCAUGUCUUGAUGAAUACGCAAUAAAAGAAAACCAGGUCUCGAA